AAGUCAAUAGAUUUUGGGAAUGAGCUGAACAAUACUCAAUUGACAAUUCCAUGCUACUCUGAUUCACUAUGAAAAAGUAUGCAUACAAAAACACAAAUUAUACACUUCGACAAUAAUCAACAUACGUAAUUAUAAAUAGCUAGAUCAGCUAAUAUCAAGGUCAGACGACACGAAAGGUAACAAUGGCUACUAGAGCACAGUUUUCUUCACUCAUUGUUUUGCUCUCUCUGGUUCUGACCUCCCCCACUAACUGCUGGACCAAUGGGGUGACAGUCGAGUAUUGGGUGAGACCAGACACAAUGUCAGAGUGCCCCCACUCCAUACCACAACACCAGUGUGUCACUAUAACAGAUCUGGUGACUAACUCCACAGACACAAGCAUCAAUGGUGGUAUGAGUAUCAAUGUAUUCUUCAUAGCUGGGACUCAUGUUCCAAAAACAAGCGGUUGGGUUGUUGUUGGAAAUCCUUACUUAGAUCAGAAAGUAUCAGCAAAUUUCACAGCAAUUUCAAAUGGACAAAACCAACAAAAUGCUAUAAUUGAUUGUGAGUCAGGUCACCCAAUUAGCUUUGUGUUUCUUCAACUUCUAUCAUUAACGAAGAAAAGCAUCGAUCUACAAAAUUGUGGUUUUAAAUUAUCGUUCAAGAAACAAUAUAAAGACCCAUACUCUCUGAAUGAAACCAUAUCAUCAGUAGUAGUCAUGAACGUACCCGAGCUGGUAAUUGCUAACAUCAAUAUCACUAGCAGCAGAGGAGCUGGUAUGAUCAUUAUUCUUUCAGGCUCCUACGAUAGUAACAUGAUAACGCUAAAUGAUAUAGUUAUACACGGUAGCAUUCCCACUGGAAAUAAUAAGUUCGGAGGCAACUUGCACCUAAUGAUGUCACAACGAAAAACACUUAGAAAAACCACAACUAUCUCAAUAACAAAUUCUACAUUUUCGAAUGGAAUUGGUAGGUGCUACACGACACUUGAGUGCCCCUCUGGUGGACUAACACUUUCUUCGACAGGAGAGAGCCUGCCUGAUGUAAGUAUAUUGAUAAACAGGUGCACAUUUAUAGGCAAUAAAGCUGCAAUUGGGGGUGGUAUCAGUUUAUUCAUGCAACCAUAUCAUAGACGGCCAAACUUAUCGAGAGAGAACACUAGCAUUUAUAUCACCAAGUCAAUGUUUUUAAAGAAUACAGCCAGCCGUAGUGGUGGUGGCAUUUCAAUAGAUACUCACGGAAUAAAUUUGACUAUAUCUGAAACAAUGUUCAGACAUAACGCAGCUGGAUUUGGUGGUGGUGCAACAAGCACUAGAUAUUAUAUAGAAUUAUCUUUUGACAAAUGCACUUUCAUAGGCAAUGAAGCUAGACGUGGAGGAGCUAUCAAUUCAAUCCAGGACUUUCUAAAUAUCAAUAAUUGCACAUUUAUACACAACACAUGUACAGCUACAAUAAAUACAGCUAGAAUACAUACUGGUACAAUUCGUGUCAUAAACGGAUUCUCUCUAUUCAUUCAAGAUGUAGAAAUUACCGGCAAUGAUUGUAGAGGUCUUUACGUUAUUGGAGUAGGACUAAAACUGUCUGGAACCAACAUAAUUAACAGUAACCAUGCUUGGCAGUCAGAUGGCGGGGCUAUACUGUUUCAAUGUUCAGCUUCAACUUAUACUGCAACUUUUGUCGAAUUUGAUACACAAUCACCCACUACCCUCAGUAUAAUCAACAAUACAGCAGACGGUUAUGGUGGUGGUAUUGCCAUUCGUCAUAAUUGUAGGGGAAAUGCAUACAAACCUUGUUUUUUUAUAAAUGAACCAAAUGAUAAAAUAACAAUUAGUAUGAAACACAACACAGCAACGAAAGGAGGUGAUGCAAUUUAUGGAGGCAAUCUAGAAAACUGUAAUUUGUGGGACAUUUUUGAUAUCACAGAGAGAAAUACAUCAUCAGCUGUUUCCUCUCCACCAAACAAAGUGUGUAUUUGCUCUGAUGACUUCCCACAGAAACACACUUGUUCACACUCCAUGCAACUAGACACUUAUCCAGGACAGAGGUUCCAAGUUCCACUAGUGUGUGUGGGACAGUACAACUAUUCCUCCUCUUGCAAAGUACAAGCACAUUUAGAAAAAACAAGCAUCGCAGAUAUUGCUGAUGAGACAAUCCUUCAAAACAUUGCCCUAGAAUGCAAGCAACUGUACUACUCAAUAGAAACUCAACAAACAAAAUAUACUGAAAGACUGAGUCUAAAAAUAGUCAAAGAACAAGACUCUAAUAUUAAUUUCAAAUGGAGCAACCAAAAAAUACAAACAGUAAUUGAGAUUAGAAUUAAACCAUGUCCACCUGGUUUUACACAAAACGAUAACGGCAGAAAAUGUAUCUGCACAAAUUAUCUAGCACUUGAAGGAAUCACAUGCAACAUUGACGAUGAGCGACUGUACAAGACGUCCUCCAUGUGGGUCGGCAACUAUUCAGGGGACGUUGUUGUGCAUCAAGUCUGUCCAUUCGAUUACUGUAAGAGCAACUUCACCAAAGUCGAUCCUUUCAACCAGCAAGAGCAGUGUGACUUUAAUCGCAGUGAUGUAUUGUGUGGAGCUUGUCGACCUGGGCUCAGUCUAGCCCUGGGUACAUCGCAGUGUAAAGAGUGCUUUAAUACCAACCUUCUCUUAUUGAUACCAUUUGCACUGGCAGGAGUUGUCUUGGUUGUUUUUUUAUUCAUAUGUAACCUCACUGUUUCCACGGGAACUAUCAACAGCCUUAUCUUCUAUGCCAACAUCGUACGAGCCACACAAACUGCUUUCUUUCCAGUCAGCACCGAUAAUAAAUUUGUGAGUAUUCUCUCUGUCUUUGUUGCCUGGUUUAACCUUGACCUGGGCAUAGACACAUGUUUUGUGAAUGGACUCAACACAUACUAUCGUACAUGGCUACAAUUUAUAUUUCCUUUGUACAUUUGGACAAUAGUAGGCCUGCUAAUCUUAAUCAGCCGCUACUCUAUCAAAGUAUCUAAAUGUACGGGCUCAAACACAGUAUCAGUUCUAGCUACACUCUUCCUACUAUCGUAUGCUAAACUAUUGAGGACUACUUUCGAUACCUUUUCAUUGACCACCCUCACAGACGUCAACGGUGGUACGCCCACUACCCGAUGGCUGCUCGAUGGCCGCUACAUAUUCCUCAAGUGGCCCCACAGCUUGCUCUUUGCAGCUGGCCUGUUCAUAUUAUUAGCACACAUACUGCCGUUCACUAUCCUGUUAUUAACGGCACCUGUUCUGCAGCGAUACACACACUACAAGUUACUACGAUGGGUCAACAAGUUAAAGCCUCUACUAGACGCUUAUCAAGGUCUUUACAGAGUCAAGUCUCGCUAUUGGACUGGACUACUACUGCUAGCUAGGCUCGUUAUACUAACAGCUGUGUCUUUAAACGUGUCCGGAAAGCAAGCUGUCAAUUUACUAGUGAUAAUCACAGUACUGUCUAUUUUAAUAGUGACACUGGUUGUAUUCGGAAUAGCAAAGCUCUAUAGAAGUAAACUAUCAAACUUCCUGGAACUAUUCUUUCUGGCAAAUCUUCUGCUACUAACUGCCGCAUCACUGUUUCUACAGUCAAACCAGACUGAUAAAAUCAGCGGACAAAGUAUAACAAUCUGCUGUAUGGUGGGUAGUGCAUUUGCUAUGUGUGGCCUUAUCUUAGCCUAUCACUGCUACGUUGUAUGUCAGAGAAUAGAAGCCAUCAAGCGGCUAACAUCAAGAGUUGUUUCAUCUCUAAAAGGGCCUCGGAAUCGAGCACUAACUAACGAUGACAUCAUCAGUGACCCCCAACAUAGCACACCCCCCACAGUCACAGAGGUUGGUUUGAGGGAACUGUUACUAGAGUAUAGCUAAUCAUUGACUCACAAACAUUGCAAACACACUUAAAUUAGCUAGUUCAUUUAGUCGAAACAAUUAUAUUUCAAGUUU